UAUACAACUUUUUUUCUAAUUUAUUUUCUUCAAAAUCACUUCAUUAAUUUUCUCUAUUUUACAUCAACCACUCAAAGAUACAAUAUCCAUGGCUUCAGUUUCAACAAAUAUUUCAAGCAUUAAAGCCUUUGCUGAAUCAAACGGAGCCUCUCCUAUCCCUUCCAACUACCAUUCCGUUACAGAUACUCAUGAUGUUGCAGAUAACCUUGCAGCUUCCAUUCCAGUCAUUGAUUUUUCUCUCCUCACUUCAGAUGAUCCUCAAAUCCAUACCAAAGUUGUUGACGAACUCGGCAAGGCAUGCACUUAUUGGGGUUUCUUCAUGCUCAUAAAUCAUGGAAUUCCCGAGAGUCUAAUGGAAGAGUUGAUGGAAAAAUCUCGCGAGUUUCACGAUUUGCCGAUGGAGGAAAAGAAGGAGUUUUGUGAUAACGGUGAGCCUUUUUCACCCAUCAGGCAUGGGACUAGCUUCCAUCCUCCAGCAGAGAAUGUUCAUUAUUGGAGAGAUUUUCUUAAAGUCUUAACGGCUCCCCACUUCAUUUUUCCUCAUAAACCACCAGGUUACAGGGAAGUUGGGUUUAAGUAUAGCCAAAAAAUCACAUGUGUAGCUAGGAAAUUAAUUCAAGGAAUAUCAGAGAGUUUGGGAUUAGAAUCCAAUUCCAUAAUUGAUUCCUCUGGUUUUGAUUCCGGCUUACAAAUCUUCGCUGUAAAUUUAUACCCUCCAUGUCCACAACCACACCUUGCUCUUGGCUUGCCUUCACAUUCUGAUGUUGGCUUCUUAACCUUUCUCAUUCAAAAUGGAAUUGGAGGACUUCAAGUUAAACAUGAGGGCAAAUGGGUCAAUGUGAAUCCCAUUUCCAAUUCUCUAGUUGUUAAUAUUGGAGAUCAACUUGAGGCUGUGAGUAAUGGGAAAUACUCAAGUGUAUUACAUCGUGCAAUUUUGAACAACAAGGACACUAGGGUUAGUGUUGUGGUGGUGAAUGGACCCGCACUAGAUAAUGAAAUUGGACCUGUUUCUAAACUAUUGGAGAAAGAAAAAGAGAAGCCAUUGUUUAAAACUAUUAAGUAUCGUGAUUAUUUUCUUGUUCAGCAGAAGUCACGAUUGUCAGAUGGGAGAGCCUUGGACCAGAUUAGAUAUAGUGCAUAAUAAUGAUCUUGUUGGUAUCGUAAUUAGUUCCAAAGGUGAGACUGCCCUCACAUAUUUAUACUCUUAAUAGUCCAAAAAUUCAAGUAAUGCAGAACUUCAAAAAACUCCAACAUCACAAUUACACAUUCAAAAGGAAUAUGGUUAAUUAAUUAGUGGUAUGUUUAUAUAUUCGCUUAAAAAAGAUAAUGUUAUACAGAAAAAUGCUUGGAGAAUAUCCUUAAUUAGUUCACUUUAUUGUAGUAUUUCAGUGCUACUUAUUGGUUUAAAAAAUACAGACAAGUAUCAUUAUCAUAUUUUUUUUGUAAUUUAUAUCUUUAGUGAUUUUGAUCCUAAUAUAGGCUGGUAAUUUAGAAUACAUUUAAAUUAGGGUUAUGGUUAGUGGUGAAUUUUUUUUUUCUCUUUUUUCAUAUUUAUCGUAUGAGUCUAUGUCGUUGUCAUCUCAUGCAUUGUAAGUUUUUUAAGUUUUUUCAGAUCUUUUUUUAGGUCUUUGUUAUAUACUAGAUUUUAUUUGGUUCUACAAACAUUAUGCUUUUAUUUGACAUUUAUUUCCGCACUAAAAACAUGUUGGCACGAAGGUUGAUCUUUCUUUACUUUAUUUUUGGUCAUUUGGAGGAUGUUUUCGUGCAUUAUGAAAUCUUUGAAAUUUUGAAAUAUGAGAUGCAUGUCUUUAUUACUUUCACUUUGAGACUCUUUAUCUUCCGGCUUCAUGUCUUUGACAUCUGUAGCUUUUAGUGCAAGUCUUUUCUUUUUCUCAUCACAUUCUUCAUUCUCAAAUAGCCUUUUUACUUCAAUUUCAUGUUCUUGUAAUUUUCCAAACAAGGUAGACAAAUUCAUUGAAGAUAAAUCCUUAGAUUCAUAAAUCGCAACGACUUUAUGUUGUCAGCUGUAGUUUAGUCAUCUAAGAAAUUUGUUAAUAAGAUUUUCAUUUAGAAAUGUUUUGCCUUGAGUUCUAAAGUGAUUUAACAAGAAGAAUAAACCAUUUUUCAUGUCCUAAAUAUUUUCAUCAUAUUUCGUUCUAAACAAUUCAUAUUCAUGGGUUAAUGUGUUCAUUCUGGCCUUUUUUUUAUAUUGGUCGUACCUUCAUGAGUAUUUUGAAAGUGUCCCACAUUUCUUUUGCACAAUUACAAGGUGAAACACAGAAAAACUCAUUCAUGUCUAAAGCAAUAAAGAUGAUAGUUUUUGGUUUUAAAGUGUAAUACACAUUUUCCUUAUCCUCUUUAGUCCAUAUUUCUUUAUAUUUGUUUUCCACAACACCACCAACUAGAUAUGUGAGAACAAAUGAACCAUUUUUACAACGACCUAAAUAACAUUAUCUAUGCACUCUAUACAAAUUUUAAUCUUCUCAUUUCAAUAAGCAUGUUCAUCUCCAUUAAAGGUGAGGAUUUUCUUAUUGAAUCGUUUGAAGCCAUACCUUUGAGUCGAUUAGUAUUAUAACAAUAGUUAGACUCUGAUGCUACUUGUAGAACAAGUGACUCCAAACACAAGAGGAUAAAGAAAAAUAAAAGACAUAAAGUAAAAAAGAUAAAGUCAAAGAGAUCACACUAUUAUACUAGUUCAACCUUGAACCACGCAACCUACUUCAGUCCCGAAGAUUUUCUUCUUAAGAUUUCCACUAUCAACACAAGAGCUUUUACAUAGGUUCAAUUCAGCAACCUUCUUUACACCAAGAUUUUACAAGUUUAACUUGCAACCUUGAAAUCAAUUGAAAAUGCGCACAAGAAUUAAAAUCUUCAAUAAAUAAAUUAAGCACACCAAAAAAUUAUACAAAUCUCAAAGUAAGCUUUUCACUCUCUUAACACUAAGAUAGUGCGUAGUGAAUAAACCUAUUUUUAGGAUGUGAAUGAGUGAGUUAUGAGAAGAGAUAGUUCAUAAAAUUCGUGCUUAAUAAGUGAUCAUAACUCUCAUUUAUAUAGGGAAAGUUUAGCUAAAAAAAACAACAAUCCAUGGGUUUGGUUGCUCUUUAAUCGAUUAGAAAUUACAAGCUAGUUGUAGUGUUAUAUUUGUGAGAGUCCUAAAAAAGGGAGGCACAAGUGUUUUCUCCUAAGAGUGGUAUCGCAUGGGCAAUAUCUUCACAAAACAUGGGGGAGAGGGUCCCGCCCUUGGGACUAAUGAUGUGUAUAACACAGUUAUUUAAUGUUAGUCAGAGGAGAAGUCCACCACGAUUCCCUUGAGAGUAGGUGGUUAAAAAUCUCCCCUAGUCAUGAGGGAGCGGUUGUCGCCCCAAUGGGUUUCCUAAACCCUAGGCCUAAAAAGCCUUAAUAAAAAAGAUAUUCCCCAAAAGGAGAAGGACAAAUCUUAAAUGAUACAUAUCAUAACUCAACGUAUGCAUAAAGCCUCUCACCUCAUGUAAGCAUGUCCUUUAACCACCAUAAAAAACCACCAUACAAGGCUUCUCUCCGCCGUGGAUAAGUCAUAACCACCAUACAACGUAAUAUACCUACUAACGCCUCUAAGUACCGCCGCCCUUAUAGGCGUAACAUUCACAUAUGUACUUUUUGACCAAUAUAUUGGCCCCUGGGUAAAACAAGCCUUGACCAUACCUUGUGCUGCGUCAAGAAAAAUACCCGAGUGCAUCGGACACUCGAAAUAUAACAGAGUCACCACUGAGGUUUUUUAUUUGAAGGGAAACAUCGAAAAAACCCUUAAGGAGGACAAAACAUGGUCAUCGAACUAGUUUAGGAUUUGGGAGUCGGUUAUGCAAGGAGAAGGUGUUACGCACCCCUCACAUUUGUUGAAACCAUGUGCCUACGUAUUCUUAUAGUGCAAUAAGAAAAUCAGAGCACCGUAGUUCGUCUAAAAUUUUUUGUAGGUUGGUUGAUUUUAAUUUAGAAAAAUGAUUCAUCUGAUUUGAAAAUCUUCGACGCAUGGGGGCGUGAAAGAUAAUUUAAGUGUGUUUGGGUUAAUUUUAGGUGCGGAAGAGAAUAAUCGAGCUGACAAAGCGUGCGCUAAGCUUAGGACACUCAAAUGAAUGAAUGUAUAGUCACCCAUUUUUAAUCUGAAUUUAUGAGAUGUAACGCUCGGAAAAAUAAUUAUUUGCUUAAUUUAGUCAUUUGUGAUGUUUAUUGAAAUUUUUGCGUUUUGGGACGAUUUAGUCGGUAUUAGUUCGGGAUAGCGGAUCAAUAUUUAAUCAAAAUUUUUAAUAUUUUUAGUAUUAGAAAUAUUAAUGAGUUAAUAUUUAGCGUUUUGGGAAUUUUCCGAGUAAUUAAGAUUACACCGGAAAUAUGAGACAUUGAGUUAUUAGAGGAUUUUAUCCGUAUUUAUUUUAUUAUAUUAUUUUAUUUUACUUGGUGUGUUAAAUAAUUAUUUAAUUGUUAUGAGAUAUAAUAAUUAAUUGAAUUAAUUAACUUUGUGUGUAUUGGUGUUUAUUUAGUUUAUUGAACUAAAUAGAGAUAUUAAGAGAUUAUAUUUAAUUGAGCCUAUUUAUUAGAAUUAGAAGUAAAUAAGGGGUGUUAUUUUUAAGCCCAAUAUGACAUCUAUUAUUAAUAUAUAAAAGCAAAAGUACCUGGAAAUUACACUAUAAGUCUUCUGAUAAAAUUACUAAAACUUUUCUUAUUCCAUGGGUAGAAAAGACUUUUAACAAAAUAACUCAAUAUUAUUGAUUUGAAAUUUAUUACGGGUGAUGUGGCACAACCCUAAUUAUAAACUCUGAUUAUAUAUUACACGC